UGUCUUUCAGAUGGGACACCCAGGCAUGCCACAUUAUCCUCCCAUGGGAAUGCACCCUAUGGGUCAGAGACCACCGAAUAUGCCGCCAGUUCCACACGGUAUGAUGCCUCAGAUGAUGCCCCCCAUGGGAGGACCACCAAUGGGGCAGAUGCCUGGAAUGAUGCAGUCAGUAAUGCCUGGAAUGAUGAUGUCUCACAUGUCUCAAGCUGCUAUGCAGCCUACAGUUCCGCCAGGGGUGAACAGUAUGGAUGCGCAAGUAGGCGUAACACCUCCUGGAACUCAGAGCUCUGUUUUAUUUCGCCCUCAGACAACGCAUCCCGUAGUUUGCGCAGCCCAGCAAACCGCCACAACCAACAGCUCUGUUAAUGAAGAGCACUCCAAACAGAAAUCUACGUGGACAGAACACAAAUCACCCGAUGGAAGAACAUAUUAUUAUAAUACUGAAACAAAGCAGUCUACAUGGGAGAAGCCAGAUGAUCUCAAAACGCCUGCUGAGCAAUUGUUGUCUAAAUGUCCCUGGAAAGAGUAUAAAUCUGAUUCUGGAAAGCCCUACUAUUAUAAUUCCCAAACAAAGGAAUCACGCUGGGCAAAACCCAAAGAGCUUGAGGAUCUUGAAGCAAUGAUUAAAGCUGAAGAGAACAGCACAAAGCCCGAAGAAUCAACCCCGACGACGGCCACCGCUGCUGCUGCCGUGGACGCCGCAAACGCAACCACCACGGCCAGCACUGAGAGCGCGGCGGCUGCUCCCUCCGCCGCUGCUUCUGCAGCCAGCGCAGCCCCCGAAGCAGAGACUGCGGCAGCCGCCUCCGUGGUGGAGAAUGAGAGUUCUGGCACGGCCACAGCCGAGGAGCAGGGGCAGGCGGCGGCUGCGCCUGCUGCGCAGGACCAGAGCGGCGAGGGUGCAGCCAGCGCAGCGGACGACUCUUCCAAGCAGGAGGCCUCAGCAGAUGCUGCUUCUAAGAAGGAGGAUGAUGAUGCCCAACCAGUUAAAAAAACAUAUACGUGGAAUACGAAGGAAGAAGCAAAGCAAGCAUUUAAAGAACUGCUAAAAGAAAAGCGAGUACCAUCCAAUGCUUCUUGGGAGCAAGCUAUGAAGAUGAUCAUUAAUGAUCCCAGAUACAGCGCUUUGGCAAAAUUAAGUGAAAAAAAGCAAGCCUUUAAUGCUUACAAAGUUCAAACAGAAAAAGAAGAGAAAGAAGAAGCAAGGUCAAAAUACAAAGAAGCUAAAGAAUCCUUCCAGCGUUUUCUUGAAAACCAUGAGAAGAUGACAUCCACCACGAGAUACAAAAAAGCUGAACAAAUGUUUGGGGAGAUGGAAGUUUGGAAUGCAAUAUCUGAGCGUGAUCGUCUUGAAAUCUAUGAAGACGUCUUGUUUUUUCUGUCUAAGAAAGAGAAGGAACAAGCCAAACAGUUACGAAAGAGGAACUGGGAGGCUUUGAAGAACAUACUAGACAACAUGGCUAACGUCACUUACUGCACUACUUGGUCGGAGGCUCAGCAGUAUCUGAUGGACAACCCCACGUUUGCAGAAGAUGAGGAGCUUCAGAACAUGGAUAAGGAGGAUGCGCUGAUCUGUUUCGAGGAACAUAUCAGGGCGUUGGAAAAAGAGGAGGAAGAAGAAAAACAGAAAAGCUUGCUUAGAGAAAGAAGGCGGCAGCGUAAAAACAGAGAAUCUUUUCAGCUCUUUUUAGAUGAACUGCACGAGCAUGGACAGUUACACUCAAUGUCCUCUUGGAUGGAGUUGUACCCAACCAUAAGCUCUGACAUCAGGUUCACUAACAUGCUUGGUCAGCCUGUUUUUUCAUCAGGAUCAACAGCACUUGAUCUUUUCAAGUUUUAUGUUGAAGACUUGAAAGCACGUUACCAUGACGAAAAGAAGAUAAUCAAAGAUAUCUUAAAGGAUAAAGGAUUUGUGGUUGAAGUGAACACUUCUUUUGAAGAUUUUGUUACGGUCAUCAGCUCGACUAAAAGAGCUACUACUUUAGAUGCAGGAAAUAUCAAGCUGGCUUUCAACAGUCUGCUGGAAAAGGCAGAAGCCCGUGAAAGAGAGAGGGAAAAAGAAGAAGCUCGUAAAAUGAAGCGGAAAGAGUCUGCCUUCAAGAGUAUGUUGAAGCAAGCUACUCCUCCAAUUGAGCUGGAUGCUGUCUGGGAAGAUAUCAGAGAGAGGUUUGUGAAGGAACCAGCCUUUGAAGACAUCACUCUGGAGUCUGAAAGAAAAAGAAUAUUUAAAGAUUUCAUGCAUGUACUAGAGCACGAGUGUCAGCAUCAUCAUUCAAAGAACAAGAAACAUUCUAAAAAGUCUAAAAAACACCACAGGAAGCGGUCUCGGUCUCGCUCGGGCUCGGAGUCCGAGGACGACGACAGCCACUCCAAGAAGAAACGGCAGCGCUCGGAAUCCCGGUCCGUGUCGGAGCGCUCCUCCAGCGCCGAGUCCGAGAGAAGUUACAAGAAGUCAAAAAAACACAAGAAAAAGAGCAAGAAGAGGAGACAUAAGUCUGAUUCACCAGAAUCGGAUAUUGAACGAGAAAAAGAUAAAAAAGAAAGAGAGAGAGAGAGCGAAAAGGAUAGAGCUAGACAAAGAUCUGAAUCAAAACAUAAAUCUCCUACUAAAAAACGGCCUGGAAAAGAUUCUGGGAACUGGGACACUUCGGGCAGCGAGCUGAGCGAAGGGGAGUUGGAAAAACAGAGGAGGACUCUUUUGGAACAACUGGAUGAAGAUCAAUGAGAACAUUAUUUAUACCAAAUAUGUUUACAUUGUGGCAUAAUAAAAGAAACCAAUGUCUAAUUCAGGACGUGGGUUCUGCUAUCCUGAGUUCCACUGCUGGAGCACCCGUGGGUGUUCGUUUUCCCACAUCGAUACAUUCGAGUUCUCUUAGGACGGGCCCCGGCCUCAAAUCUAGAAUUUCCGAGCGCCUGUCCCAGCCCCGUGGGGCAGGACGGGUGCUGGGCUCAGCCCUCGGAGGCGUUGGCACCUUUCUAGCCAAGGUCCUUCCUAGAAAGGUCGUAACGUUGGAUUUCCCGGCCAGUGUUGGCAGAUAAAAAUUUCUUUUCUAGAAAGAGAUUCUUAAUAUAGUUUCUUGUGGCUUAAUUUGUUUUUCACGGAUUUGUUUUUAUUUUGGAAAGGGGAAGGCAAUGGAAAUAGAAAUAACAAAUCCAUUUCUUGGUCUGUACUGAAAAAAAAAACAAAAAAACCCAACCCACCCAAUCUUGGAACGCGCUUUUGUGACCUGCGGCCCUGGCCAAACCUGCCGUGAGCUUUUGUACAAAGACUUGACUUCCUGGCGGAGCCUCGUGUCUAAGUGCCGUCCCGGUGGGAAUUUUUAAAUUUUUACGGUGGAUUUUCCAAGCCCCCGGAGCACCGCUGCUGCUGGGAAGGCGUCAGGGGGGAGCCAGUGGAGGCAGCUGCUGCCUCUUGGCUUCCCCUAAAACCCGGAACAGCUCUGGCUGUUCCCUCAGCCGUUAGCUUUGCAUUCAGAAAAUUGAAAAUAAUUAAAAAAUCCAAUUGUAACUGAAUUUCAAUGUGUUGCCUUAAGAACCUGCUGAAGAAUGUACCACCGCCUUUCGCCAGCCGCCGUGUAGCCACGUCUAGAAGGGCCCUUGGAGGGAGGAGGAGGAGGCGGCCUAAGCCCCGUCUCUCCCGUCCCGCCCGGGGCCCAGCGCAGGAAGGUUUUGCCAGCCCUGCUGGGCAGCACCUUCGCAAACCUCUGCUUGGAAUAUUUUUGUACAUUUUUAUCAAUUAUUAAACCUUGUCUUCUAGUGUCUA